CGCGCCGUGCUCUACCUCCUGGGCCUCCUCUGGUUCUUCCUCGGCGUGUCCAUCAUCGCCGACGUCUUCAUGGCCGCCAUCGAGACCAUCACGUCCAAGGAGAAGAAGGUCCCGGGCACGGACGUCUGGAACGCCACGGUCGCGAACCUGACGCUCAUGGCCCUGGGCUCGUCGGCGCCGGAGAUCCUGCUGAGCGUCAUCGAGAUAUUGACGAACUCGUUCUUCACGGGGGACCUGGGCCCGUCGACGAUCGUCGGGUCCGCGGCCUUCAACAUGUUCUGCAUCAUCGCCAUCUGCAUGGUGUCGCUGCCCGGCACGGAGACGCGCAAGAUCGAGGACAUGUCCGUCUACACGGUCACGGCGUUCUUCUCCGUCUUCGCGUACGUCUGGCUCCUCUUCAUCCUCAUGGUCACGUCGCCGGACGUCGUGGAGAUCUGGGAGGCCAUCUUCACCUUCCUCUUCUUCCCCAUCCUCGUGGCCCUCGCCUACGCGGCGGACCGGGGCUACUUCGACACGGCGAAGAUCUCGCCCGUGUCGAGCGCGCACGUCAUCCAGGUCGGCAGUACGCCCUUCCGGCCCUACGAGUUCAGCGACCUGCUCAAGAAGCUCCAGGACCCGACGUUGGAGGAGAGCGAGCGCCACGACCUCGUGAAGAAGCUCGCGAUGGGCCAGAAGGCGAAGCCGAGCCGCGCGGUGCUCCGGAUGAACGCGGUCCGCGCCGCGACGGGCCAGAAGGUCAUCAAGGCCGACGGCCCGGACCCCAAGGUGCUCGCCAAGUACCUCGAGGGGGCCGCCGGCCCCAAGCACCGGCCCGAGGACGUCGUCGCCUUCUUCUCCGACGUCAACGGCAAGAUCAACACGAAGUACGCGCUCCUCGAGAGCGACAAGGCCGUCACGCUCCACGUCAUGCGCAGCCCCGCCGAGGGGCCCAUGACCAUCAAGUGGGCGACGCGCGACGGCACGGCCAAGGGCUCCGAGGUCGGCGGGACGGGCGACUACGAGACGUGCUCCGGCGAAUUGACGUUCGCGGACAAGGAGAACUUCAAGACCAUCGUCAUCAAGGUCUUCGACGACAACGAGACGGAGGACGACGAGGUCUUCUACGUGGACUUGCUCGAGGUGGCCCACGGCGGCAAGGCCUACGCGCCGGGGGCCUUCGGCGACGCGUCGACGUGCGAGGUCACGAUCAUCGACGACGACGAGCCCGGCGAGCUGAGCUUCGAGCCGCCCAAGGAGGGCGCCGAGGGCGGGCCCGUGCUGACCAUGGCCGAGACCUGCGGCAAGGCGCGCGUCAAGGUCGGCCGCUACAACGGAAGCGCGGGCCAGGUCCAGUGCGACUACGAGCUCGUCGACGGUACCGCGUGUUGCGGCAAGGACUUCGGGGGCACCGUGGGCUUCGAGCGCGAGGGCACCUUCGUCUUCGAGAACACGGAGGUCGAGAAGUUCAUCGAGAUCCCCGUCAUCAACACGAACCGCUACGAGGGCGAGUCCGAGUUCACGAUCGUGCUCAAGAACUUCAAGUGCGCCGUCGAGCGCGCCAAGUUCGGCAAGCACACGGAAUUGAAGGUCGUCAUCGUCGCGGACACGGAGACCAAGGACAUGAUCGACAACGUCCAGAAGUAUUUGGAAUCCAACGACGCGUCCUACAACGUCGGCUCGACGUGGGGCCAGCAGUUUUCGGACGCGCUCAAGGUCGGCGGCGGCGACGCGGACGACGACUUCAAGGCGUCCGCCGGCGACUGGGUCAUGCACAUCAUCACGCUGCCCUGGAAGGUCGCCUUCGCCUUCGUGCCGCCGACGUCCUACGGCGGCGGCUGGGUCUGCUUCUACGUCGCGCUGACGUUCAUCGGCAUCGUCACGGCCUUCAUCGGCGACCUCGCCGCGCUCAUGGGCUGCUGCCUCGGGCUCAAGGACACGGUGACGGCCAUCACCUUCGUCGCUCUGGGCACGUCGCUCCCGGACGCGUUCGCGUCCAAGGCCGCGACGAUCAACGACGACUCCGCGGACGCGGCCGUCGGCAACGUCACGGGCUCCAACAGCGUGAACGUCUUCCUCGGCCUCGGCCUGCCCUGGUCCAUCGCCGCCAUCUACUGGUCCGGCGGCUUCGCCGGGGGCUCCGCGGAGAAGCAGUGGCGCAUCAAGUACGGCGGCAAGGACGUGGCCUUCAUCGUGCCCGCGGGCAACCUGGGCCUGAGCGUCGGCGUCUUCGUCUUCUGCGCCUGCACGUGCCUCGGCGUCCUCGCGUACCGGAGGAAGGCCUACGGCGCGGAGCUCGGCGGCGACCGGACCAUGGCGAACCGACACGCGACGCUCUUCGUCAUGCUCUGGUUCCUCUACGUCGCCAUGAGCAUCCUCGCCUCCGAGGGCAUCGUCUAG